UUGAAAAAUACUUUGUUUUUUAAUUCUUGAUUUUAGGACCAAAUUUAACCAAAAUAAAAAGUACAUCUGAAUAUUUACAAAUCUGUCUGCGAUAACAUGAAAAAAGCGGAUACUGUUCAGCUAUGGGUGUUAAAAUUUUGUUUAAAACUUGUGUAUCCAAAAUUCAAUACUUAUGCAUUUAUUGCAUAUCUGGCUAUUAAAUUCAGAUAUUUCUAUAAUAAGAAACGAAUAGGUAAACGAGUAAUGUCCACAUACAACGUUGAAUCUAUUCCAGACUGUGAAAUCAUUCAAUUAAUAGCAAAAAAUUCAAAUCAUAAAACACUAUCAAUUAUAUUAGAAAAGUGUUUAAUCGUACACAACAAUGUAUUUUCCGAAAUGUGCGUGGAAAAUUUCUUCUACAAGGACAAUCGAGUUCUUUGGGUGUCAGUUAAAUUAUCACCAGAAAUGAGAAAAAAGUGGAAUAUGCACACUGAUAAAAUGCAAAGUAAUAAUAAGUACAACUUCUGCCAAGUCACAUCAGAAAUUCAUAAAAAGCUAUGGCCAGAGACCAGUAUAGAUAAUACACUACAUGAAAGGAUUGUGCCGGUGAUAGGUGCCGAACGAGUGCCUGAUGACACUAUCUAUACAAAUGAGAUAGAGUUUGAGAAUAUUGUGUCCUGCUUUGGGUUAUUCAAUAUUGAAAACAUAGAAAUUUCCCUUCACCCUGUUCCAAACAUUGACUUCUCACCAAAGAUAGCAGAGACCGCUGAAGUGAAUCUUAUUGUAAAUGAAUAUGACUUAUCCAAUGACUUUGUUAAAGAAGUUUUGAAUAAUCACUUUGAAACCCCAAAGUUAGUGAGCAUAAAUGAUGUGAUAUGUAUAGAGUUGACACCCUCUAUCGUUGGAAAACAUCACUACAGGUACCUAGAUUUAGUAGAAUUCACAGGAAAAUUAUAUUUUAAGUGCAACAAACUUUCCAGUAAUAGCAAUGUACCGAGUAAUCAAAGAAAUGUAAUCCCGGCAUAUUAUAUUGUCAAAGGUGUAACUCAGUUGACUCUGGGUGAAAUGUGCCAUGCUAUUAAACCAAAGAAUCAAUUUCAUUCUGUAUCUAAAACUAAUUGUAUGUGUUUAAAAGGAACACAUAUAUGUCCCACUGGAUUAAUGAAGAAGUUUAAUGAAAUUCAAGAAAUUAUUAGCCCAUUCUUAUCUGGUGAAAUAGAUAAAAUUUCAUCUGCUCUACAAAAUCCAAUAGUUCCAAUAAUUCUUCUGACUGGAAGCAUGGGAAGUGGCAGACAUAUGCUAGUCCAAGUUAUAGCAAAGUACAAUGGUCUGAAUUGUCUGCACAUUGACUGCAAUGCUCUACAAAGUUCGACAGCAAAACAAACAGAAAGUAAAAUAAAUUCAAUGUUUCAAAAAGCAAAAGCAGCAGCACCUGCUAUAGUCACAUUAGAUAGUUUUGAUGUAUUUGGAAUUGAUCCAGAAAAUAAUGAGGACCAAAGAGUGUUAGAAUACUUUGUUAAUUCUAUCACAGAAUUGUAUGAGAAUUACACAAAACAUCCAAUUAUUUUUGUAGCAGUGGCAGACAAAGCCGAUCUAAAGCCAAAUAUUAUAAGAAUCUUUUUAGAAAAAAUUCACAUUCCAAAGCUGAACUCAGAAGAAAGAUUAGAAGUACUUCAAUGGUUUGAAUCUGUGCUGGGAUUAAAUGUUAAUAGUAUAUCAAACUUGGACAAUGAAACAAUUUCGGAAGAGGCUAAAGUAGACAACAGUAUCAUUUCCAGUGACAUACUCCAGAGGGUGGCGUCUAAAACUGAGACUUUUUUGUAUGGAGAUCUUGACACAUUGAUGCAUUUUGCUAUGAGGGAGUCCUACCUGAAUCAGUCCAGGUAUAUUCACAUAUCAAAGGAUCCUGAUAUGACUGUCAUUCAUGAGGAAGAUUUCAACAAUGCUUUAGAAACAAUUAGAGGACUGCAAAGUCAGCAUUUAGAUGCACCAAAGAUACCAAAAGUGUACUGGGAAGACAUUGGAGGCUUGGAUAAGUUGAAAAAGGAGUUGCUCAAAACAAUCGAAUUUCCUAUCAAGUUCCCGCAUUUAUUCCAAAACUCCUCACUUAAAAGGUCAGGCAUACUGCUGUACGGGCCGCCCGGCUGCGGCAAGACGCUCGUGGCUAAGGCCGUCAGCACUGAGCUCAACGUCAGCUUCAUGAGUGUCAAAGGUCCGGAACUGCUCAACAUGUAUAUAGGACAGUCGGAAGAAAAUGUCCGAAAUGUAUUCGCGGCGGCGCGGGCGUCGUCCCCGUGCGUGGUGUUCCUGGACGAGCUGGACGCGCUGGCGCCAGCGCGGGGCGCGGCAGGGGACGCGGGCGGCGCCAGCGACCGCGUGGUUAGCCAGCUGCUCGCUGAGCUCGACGGCGUUAAACCCGACGACGAGACGGAAAACGGGCUGGUGUUCGUGAUGGGUGCGACGAACCGGCCGGACCUGCUGGAGCAGUCGCUGCUGCGGCCGGGCCGCCUCGACCGCCUGGUCUACGUGCCGCCGUACAGGGGAGUACCGGAGAAAGUCUCCGUGCUCAAGGCUCUGUGCAGAAGCUACAAUUUGCUGCCGGGCGUGGAUUUGACCGCGGUGGCGGCGGCGCUGCCGGAGCGGGUGACGGGCGCCGACUUGCUGCAAGUGACCGACACCGCGCGCGCCGCCGCCGUCCGCGCGCUCGUGCAAAGGAUGCAGAGAGGUCUUGUAAAAGAGAGCGAGCUGACCGCGGACUCGGUUCAUAUCGGCAUGGAGGAGCUUUGGCAAGGCGUAGAGUCCUUCAGACCGUCCAUUACCGAAGAAGAAAUGAGUUACUACGAAUCAUUACAGUCGCAAAUGUAGAGAUGAUAUUAAUUAGUGUUUUGUAUAAUAAAAAAAAUAUUAUGGUGUUUCA